AUGGGAAAGCAAAUCCAAGCCACAAGUAUUGUAAAUGACAAAACAACUGUGCCAUCUAAGGUGAUCGACCGCAUCAGUCGAUGCCCAGUUGCUGUUCAUUUGAGAAACUAUCAGAAUGGCUCGACGCACCAAGAUACCCUAUAUCAAAGAGCAGUUCAGAAUACGCCCUGCAAUUCAAAAACUUGCGAGGGCUCCAUAAUGAGUCCCAAAUCUCUGAUACGCGGCUCACCCAAAAUCACACCAGGCUCCUCUGACAUCCUCACCCAAGCAGUGGAUUUCAUCGACCAGUACUACAAAUCAUUCAAAAUUCCUAAUCCAACGGAACACCAGGCUCGGGUUGAUAGGGUCACACUGGAGAUCACCCUGACCGGAUCCUACACACUCACUGCAGAUGAACUCGCCUUUGGGGCCAAACAAGCGUGGAGAAACGCGCCGAGGUGCAUUGGCAGGAUUCAGUGGGCCAAUUUACAGGAUCAUAAACGGCUGGAGGCACUUGCAUCAGAUUUCCAGGAAUAUUCUACAUGGAAAGAUUUCCACAGGCCCACUUUCUCUGAGGUGCUUGAAGAAUUUCCCUCUGUAAAAGUCCCUGCAGCCUUCAUUCUCAGCCAGCUUCCUCUGCUGAAGCCCCGUUUGUACUCCGUCAGCUCCUCAUUGGACAAGCUCCACCUCACAAUUUCUGUGGUUGAAUACCACACUCAGGGUGGACAGGGACCACGGCAUUUUGGCACCUGCAGCACGUGGUUUAACACCAUCAAAAGAGGACACGGGGUACCCUGCUUUGUUCAUCGCUCGGGUGGAUUCCAUCUCCCGGCAGACCCCAACACUCCAGUUAUUUUAAUAGGGGCUGGGAGUGGAAUUGCUCCUUUCCGCAGCUUCUGGCAACAGCGCAUCCAUGACAUGAAAAAGACAGGUCUGAAAUUUAGUCCGAUGACAUUGGUAUUUGGGUGUCGUGAUUCAGAAAAAGACCAUCUGUAUAAAGUAGAAACUCUUAAGUUGAGACUUGAUGGUAUUCUGAGCAACGUCAGUACAGCUUACUCUCGCCAGCCUGAUAAACCAAAGAUGUAUGUCCAGGAUGUCUUGAGGGAACAGCUAAGUGAAAAGGUCUUGGAGGUUCUACACAAGAACACUGGUCAUCUCUAUGCCUGUGAUGUUGUGUGCACUUUGCAGGAGAUUCUAGCAAGCAAAACUGGCAUGACUAUCACAGAGGCUGGAGAAUAUCCAGAGAGGUUAAAGGGAGAGAAGAGAUAUCAUCAAGACAUUUUUGGAGCCUAA